AUGUAUCGCAAGUUAAAGAAAAAGGCACAGCCGCUUAAUGCUAUUGACGAAAAUGCAUCGAUUAAAAUACCUCGUUUGGCGCCUGGCGAAAAGAUAGAUGCUUCUAUACAACCAAUGGCAACCAAUGAAAGCGAGGAGGAGAAGAUACCAGCAUCACAGGAGCAGGCGCUGCGUUUUCUGUCGCAGCACAGCAUAGCAAUAGCUGCAACACUUGGCCGGACACAGUCGUCAUCAAAGAUCAACAGCGCAAGGCAGCCAAAUAGUUUCUUUGAGAUGGUGCUGGUGAAUGCUGGAGUACAAUUGGAUCAGCCAGAUACAUUUGUAUUGUGCUGUGAUCAUAUUGCAAUUGUGUCUAAGCUGCGUGACAUACUUGUGCGCUCACCGAAAUAUCCAGAAAACAUAGAAACCUUUAAGAAUGGCUUGAAUAAUGCGCUUGCGCCCAAGUCCAAGAUAGCACAUAAGCUGCUAAGUGGCUGCACCAUUGACAUUGCGGAUGAAAAUCAGGCCUAUCAAUCGCAAAAUAGCAUGUUUAUUAACUUUCUUAUGAUUGACUUUCUUCGCGAGCCAUGCCUGGACGUGCUCUUUAAAAAAAUCGAAGAGAUUUCCUUAUUGGAGGAUGCGCUUAGUGCUUCUGGUGGUCUAUCCUUGCUUCCACUAAUGCUAGAGCAGCUGAGAUACUUGACAUUAUCACAUAGUGAACAAAUCUAUGCUCAUAUUGAACGUAUAUUUAAUAAUGCUUCAGAGUCAGCCAAAUUAGAUAUAAUCAAUAGCGCUGAAUUUGUGCUGGAUGCCAGGAAACAUGAUGACUUUGUCGAGCUGCUCAUUAUAAAUUAUGCUAGCAGCAAGGAGCUGUUUCAAAUAAACACAGUUCAAAUGUUGAGCAAUUUGACGCUCAGCUCCAAAUCUGAAAGCAAACUACGUGCGCGUAUUAUAGAGUUUAUUAAAAAUGAUAGCAGCUGCUCCAAUGUGAUACUGCCGCAUCUUAUUCGCCUGCUGCUUAAUUGUCUCAAUCAGGAUACUGAUGAAGUCGUGCGAGAGCUGGUCUCUACACUGCGCGAGAUAUUCAAUUGGCAUUAUAGAUCGCAGAGCGAGGAGCCAGGACACAUUUUUACACCUGCUGCCAAUGAUAAGGAAUUACAAUUGGAGCUUUUUAGCUUCUUGCAUCAAGGCCUAACACGUUCAAAGCGUUUUUAUCAAAUGUGGCAACGUGUUCUAGCUGCUUUGCCAGCUACUGAAUUCAACUCAUUCGAUUUUAUAAUGCUGUUGCUGCUUAUACAUAUAAAUGAGGACAAUACGCUGUAUAUUGAGAAUCUGCUGCGCCGCCGCAUCAAGCUGGAGCAUAUAACUGUAGAUAUAUUGGAUGAAGUGCGCUCACAAUUUCCGCAUAUUUUGGAAAAGCAUAUAAGCACUUUGAUGCAUAUACUACAAGACUUUGUACGCGAAAAGAAUCAAAUUGUUUCUGAUUUUGCCAAAUUAGCCUAUAGCAUACUCUUUAAAAUUGGCAACUCCAUACAGAAGAACAUUCUAAAGAAACUGUUGGAGUUAACGUUUGACAAGUCUGCGCAGCAUGUGACCAGCAUGGCUUUAACUUUGCUGCGUGAGCUGCAACUGAAAAAUUCGAAGCAUGUUCAAAACUGUGCGACGCUGUUGCUGCCAUUACUAGAUCGUUUAAGUGAUUUCACAUUGCCACAAACACGCUUGGCUAUGGAUUUGCUAAGUCGUGUGGCAUAUCCAGAUCCCAAGCUGCCAGAAUGCACACAGCUGCAAGAACAAAUUGAAAUGAUUGUAAAGAAGCAACAAAUCAAUCGCAGUGAAUAUAUAAAGAAGCAAGGCAUUAUUGGAGGCGUGCAGCUGAUCGACGCUGUGGCCAGAAUUGAAAGCAAAGCCAACGAACUUGUUGACUUGGACACAAGCAUUGAUAACAUUGCCACGCUGCCUGAAGGACGCAGCAAGCAUGCAGCCAAUCUGAUCAUGCUAACGCAGUCAGCUAUUGGCAGCUCACCUGAACUGAUGGCGUUAUUCUAUGAUGAGCUGGCCAGCGUUCUAGCUGUGCGUAGUUACAACACUGAAUCAAAUUAUACGCUCGACAACAAGUUUCUUAUAUGGAUGACAGAGCUAAUGAGCUCGCGUUUUCUGGAUAGUUUUGUAAGUGAGCAGGAGCUUAGAGCAGUAAGGGGCAUACAGCUAAAGUUUCAGAAGAACAUCAAUGAACUGGAAGAUACAAAGGACAAUUCAGAGUACGAAAUAUUAAAUAUUGGCAUUAACAUAUCGGGCACGCUGUUGACACCGACUGGCAGUGCCUGUAAUACAAUUUAUGAGCUAACGCCUUUGUUCAAUCUGGUUAGCGUGCUUAGCAAUCAACGCUGGCAGCACAGUCUGGAGCAAAUUAAUGCCUUGCUGGGCUGCGCUAUUAUACUGCCCGAAUUCUUUGAUGAUGACAACUAUUUAAGCAUAUUUGAUAAUUAUGAUGAGGAGCUGCAAAAGAAAAUAUUACACAUUUAUUUUCAUACCGUCAACUGGAUGCGUGCCAACAUUGGCGCAUUUUCCACGCAGGCUUGCAAAGCGACGCGCAAACGUGUGUUGUAUCGUCUGGCCGAUUUGCUAAGUGUAGAGCAAAGAAUGAAGCCACUGCUGGCACAUGCUCCCAUUGGCUUUGUGCCACCGCCAUGUCAAUUCCUAAAGAACUGUCAGACAAGCGUACAGCACGGCUCGCGUGCAAAGCCAAAGGCAGGCAAAACUAAAGUAACUCAUAAUGACUCUACGAGAGACGAAUCGAGCAUUAAUAAAACUAAAAUUGGUGAUAUAAGCAUCAAAUUGAGCGCCUGCAAGACGCCUGUCAAAACUAAAAUUGAUUUUGAGCAGCUAUAUGGAACGCUGGAACGCUAUAGACCGCUGGAUGUGGGCAUUAUAGCGCUGCUCAAGGAAGAACCAUUUACAGCUCAAUAUCCACUGGAUCCAGAGCAAUUGGGCACGCAUUUGGGAUUAAUGGAGCUGCGUUUUAUACUAACCGAUCUGGUGCAUAAACUAAGCACAGUAGUCAAAGGCGAGCAAAACCUAAACGAAGCCGAGUCCUUGAGAUCGCAUGUGGUCAAGCCGGAGUACUUUAUGUCCGACUUGUUUAAUGUUUUGGAAGCGCUGAAUAAGCAUCUAAACGUACUCGCGGCACAUAUAAAUGAACAAUUGGAAAAAGUCAAUAAUUUGCAUAGCAAUUUGGAUUUGUUUAAAGAUCGUAUUAAUUAUGUUAAGACCUGCUUUGGUCUAUGCAUUCAUUUGUUUGCCUUAUACUUUUCCUGGAGCGAGUGGAGUGACAAAACUCAAGCGGAGCUAUUGCAAUCAUCACUGCGCGCCGUGCUGUUAACUGCUGAGCAGAGCACACAGGCUAGACCAUCAGCAACUAAUCUGGCCGCUCAAGCUUUUCAAUAUUUUCUGCAGUACGAGAAAUCAGUGCUAACUCUUAGCACAGCUGUUCAACUAUAUCGUUUGCUAUGCAGCUUGCGCAAGUUAAGCAACUCGACUACGAAGUCCGUCCAGCGCAGCAGUCAGCAGGCGGAGGAUAUACGUAAAUUCUGCACCAAAAUGCUGCGACGCAAGUGGUAUCAUUAUACUGGCUGCCUGGAGAAAGGCGCGCAGUGCAACUUGCAUUUGGAUGAGCUGGUCAAAGGUUUUCUCAAGGACUCUAGCAUCGAACGGCAGCGUGACAUAUUGCGUGGUCUAAGCGAAGAGUGCGUAAUGCUAAACACAAAGGACAAGAGCUUGGAUUCGUUUCCCAACAUUAAAAAAGCCAACUUUCCUUUGCUAUUUCGUGGCUUGUGUGAAAUACUUAUUACUACGCUUAGCAGCGAGCAAAGAAUUGAUCUUGCCGCUGAUCGCUUUGAGCUCUGGGAGUCUACAAUACGCUUGCUUAAUGGUCUGCUGGAGGUGGUAAAAAAAGUCGAGCAGCCGCGUAACUUUGCUUUGUUUUUAAAGCACUCACAGUUAUAUUUAAAGCUGCUGCUGCAACAUGGCCUCACCAUAUUGGAAACUAUAGUACGCAGAAGUCCCGAACGUCUCACCAAAUUUCUGCACGAGCUGCAGAAUGUUACCAAGUUCCUGCACAAUCUCUGCUGUCACUCCAAAACAAUGAAGAACACUGCCAUUAUAAGUUAUAUACCCAUUCUACGUGAAACACUUGAGACUUUAGUAUUUCGCGUCAAGGCUUUGCUGGCAGCCAACAAAUGUCAUGCUGCAUUUCAUUUGAGCAUUUUGGACAAUAAGGACCUGCAUGGCGAUGCAAUUAGAACACCCACUGCUCAUGCCCACUGAAUUAAUAGCGACGAAAAUACCAGCAGAGAUGACCGUGUUGAUGAACAAUUUGAACGAGAUAUAACUAUUACAUAUAAUAAUACUCAUUUAUAA